AUGAAGCCUCUCCAUUACCUACUGUGCAUCCUGUCUCUUGUCCUGGGGUUACAUGCGGCGGAUCCCGAUUUUAACAAGUUUCCCUCGUGUGCUCUUGACGCUGGGAACCAGCUCUUUCACAGUUGGGGGAUACCCAACUGCGAUCUAACAAAUUCGACAUGCUUCUGCGCCAAGAGCUCGUACCGGGACGAUCUCCUGGCCUCUGUCACCCUCAACUGCACCACUAAAGAAGAAUUCAUUACGAAGCGACUGUCUGCGCAAGUAUGCGGUAUCGAGCAACGUAAAGGUCCUGCUGAGAUCGAGGGCUCGACUCUCGCGCCAUUCAUUCUGGGUGCGAUCUUCUUCAUCAUCAGGAUCGGAGCGAAAAGCCUUGGUCUUGCUGGUGGUUGGGGAUGGGAUGAUUAUACCAUCAUAGUUUCAUUCGUGUUGGGCGUGGCUAUUUACGUCCUCAAUAUUUACAUGAUCCGUUUUGGAUUCGGCAGGGAUAUCUGGGACAUUCCUUUUGACACGAUCACCAAAUUUUACAAGUAUUUCGAAGCGCUUGCCGUGAUGUAUAAGAUCCAAAUCUCGCUCGCCAAAAUCUCCGUCUGCCUGUUCCUUCUGCGAAUCUUUCAGUCCCGAUCGUUCCGCUAUUCCGCGUACAUCCUUAUCGGUCUCAACGCUUCCAUCGGUAUAACAUGGGCUCUUGUGGACUCACUACGAUGUAUCCCACCGCACCUGGAUUGGACGGGGUGGAUGAACGAAGAAGAAGGCCAAUGCAUCAACUUUAUCGACUCGAUCCUGGUCAACUGUCUCGUCAACAUCGUCGUCGACACCGCUUUGAUCGUCAUGCCCGUUUAUGAAGUCAGCAAGCUCCAACUACCGCUCCGGAAGAAGCUCACUGUGGGGUUGAUGUUUGUGAUGGGUUCAGUAUUGACCAUCAUCGCAAUUAUUCGUGUCGUCGUGUUCUGGAAUAAUCGAUGGGGCGAGAACCAGACUUACGGACUGUAUCCCCUGAUCCACUGGUCUGUCAUCGAAUGCCAAAUCUCCGUCAUGUGCGCCUGUCUUCCCGCCUCUCGCGCCUUCAUCAGUCACUUCUUCCCCGGAAUCUUGGGCAAUUCUACGCGACGAACCUACGGCACUGGCCCUUCCAACUGGUACAAUAAGGAGCCGUCGCAGGGAAACAGCAAGAUCGCCAAGUCGGUUAGCUACUCGGUCAACUAUGGGCCCCGGUCGCAACAAGAUGAUACGACUAGUAUGGUGGAAUUGAUGGACGUCGAGGGAGCGGCGAGGUAUGCCCGAUAACAACGGUCGGGGGUUGCGGAAAUUAUAGAGCAGAAUAUAAAUCCGCCGUGUCUACAUUCUAUCUGUAUUUCAAUUAUGAUGACAAGAUUUACAUUUAAUGAAGUAUUUUAAACAAAAAGCAUGAAGUAUAUUGGGUAUCGGUGAAACAACGCGCGCUAUUUAAGCAUG